CAUUGACUUAGACUUACAUUAUCCCUGUCAGCACAAUAUUGAUCUGCACGUAAAUCAAUAUCUCAUUCUAACUCGGGGGUCCCUAUUUGAAUGUAUUUCCUUGGCAUAUCCCCGUUACUCUGCUCGAUGUUGUCGAGUGUUCGAGUCCAGAAGUGUGUCCCGGACUCUUCCCUACCACGCAAGUAUUCUACCACCUUGCCACGCCUCUCACGAUGCCGACCCUAGAUCUUAGCGAGUUGAACAUCGUCGUUUCCAUUCUCGGUGCAUUUAUAGUUGUAUAUGGCCUGGUUGCCGUUAAAAUAAAAGGCGUUUGGUAUCUUGGGGAAGCAUUGCCGGCAGUCAUCAUUGGCAUGAUCUUGGGCCCUAUAGCGGCCAAGUUUCUAGAUGCCAAGCGAUGGGGUUCAGCCGCUCCAGACCAACAAGAUGCCAUAACUCUUGGCGUGAUGCGGGUGAUGAUUGGUAUUCAACUGGUUAUCGCUGGAUACCAACUACCCGCUAGGUAUAUCCACAUACGUUACAAGGAGUUGAUAGUAUGCCUCGUUCCUAUCAUGGCGAUGAUGUGGUUGGCGACGUCCGUUUGCGUGCUUGCGACAAUACCUAAGGUCUCGUUGCUGGCAACCCUUGUCAUCGGCGCUUGCGUCACAUCUACGGACCCGAUCCUUUCGCAGGCCGUGGCAAAGGGUCCCUUCGCCGACAAGUAUGUAUCCCGACCCCUCCGAGAAAUCAUCUCCGCAGAGGCCGGUGCCAACGAUGGCUUCGCUUCACCAUUUCUCAUGCUUGCCGUGAACCUCCUACGCCUUACAGAGAAUCGCCAACCAACUCUUGUAGAGCGCGGUAGAGGUGUCGGUGACGAUACGAAAGACGUCGGCGUCGCCCUAGGUAACUGGGCCAUAGAAACCCUCAUCUACAUUGUUUUAUUGGCCAUCGUUUAUGGUGCGGUUGCUGGGUUCUGCGCAAGGAUGGCAGUCCGGUUUUCAUUGUCUAAGAGAUGGAUAGACACGGAAAGCUACCUCCUUUUCCCAACAGCGCUAGCUCUUUUCAUUGUUGGAACUUGCGGGGCUCUCGGCACUAGUGAUCUUCUUGCUUGUUUUGUCGCGGGUUGCGCAUUGAACUGGGACGGAGAAUUCCUUGCGGAGACAGAACGCCGCCACGACGAGGUGAACUCCUGUAUCGACGUUAUGCUCAAUUUCGGCGGCUUCAUGUAUGUCGGCAUUGCCAUACCGUGGCAAGAUUUCAACCAGCCCGACACCACCGGAAUCACCUAUCCUCGCUUAUUCGGCCUCGGCCUCCUCGUUCUACUCUUUCGCCGAGUCCCUUCUUUGCUUCUUACAUAUAAGAUGAUGCCAAAUGUAGUCAAGGAUUGGAAGGAAGCUAUAUUUAUGGGAUAUUUCGGUCCUAUAGGUGUCGGGGCAGUGUACUAUCUGCAGCACACCAAACUCCUAUUCCCUAGAGAGGAGGCUGCUAGUGCGGGAGAACGCGCAUUGCUCGAUGCGAUAACCCCAGUUGUGUAUUUCCUCGUGUUGUUCUCAAUUCUAGUACACGGGCUAUCGAUUCCCAUCCUGAGCGGAAUAUACAGAUAUUGUAAUGUGCGGACAAUUACAGAGGAUGCUGUCGAGAUCAGACGAAGGAGCAUAUAUAUGCCCACUCCAUCGAAUGCUUUCAGGGGCGAUCAAGAUACAUUUAUUGUGUACAAUCGGUUCUUCCGCCCCCUCGUCAACUUAGGGACAUUACCAAUUUCGAGGCCCCGCACCCGUAGCGAUAACGACAGUAUUUCGACGGUAGGAGAAGAAGACAAGAAGCGAGAGCGAUCAGUUAGAAUUAGUCAUGUGGAAUCUAGUAGAGGCAUCUAAGGCUUCGCGGAUUUCAUUCUGCUUUUCCUUUUUAAAGAGUGGUUUUCUGAAUAGCAUUACGGUCAGGAGGUGUAAUUGCAUUCUUGAAUGACAUUAUGAGGCCAACCCAGACAGUUACAUUGAACAAUGUAGCUUGAUACACCAUUUCAUUCUCUUUUUUGAUUGACUUUGAUAAGCAUCGCAUAAAACAUACAACUAGAGCUAUAAUGUCACUUUGUCUUUUAUUCGGCCUCACAUACUGUUGAUCUCACUUUCGGCAUCCUCUGACUCAACGACACAUGAUAGGUAGGUAGGAUUGAAUACGUACGUCUUGGUCAAUAAUCGUGUUCCGAUCUUAUGCGCCUCUCGAAUACGGCAGUGAACUAAUACUUACAAGUAUAGGACUUCAAAAUAGAAUGCUACCCCAUAUGAAACCUAUUCAUAGGUACCUUGGGUAGGUCACCUUCACCAUAUAUUGAU